UUCACUUCCACAUCUACUAGUAGGUGGAGCGAUCUUCUGUGGACGAAUCAGAUUCCUUCUAGCAACAGCUUCAAGAAGGGAACCAGGGGCUCAGAUCCAGGUAGUGAACAGUAGCAGUAGCAGCAGCAAGCAGUAGCAGAGAACGACCAGAGGCCAGAAGCCAGAGCCAUGGAAGACCAGCGCGACCUCAUCUCCAACCAUGAGCAGCUGCCCAUACUGGGCCAACGCCCUGCAGCCCAGGAAAGGUGCAGCCGUGGAGCCCUGUACACAGGCUUUUCCAUUCUAGUAGGUCUGCUUUUGGCUGGCCAGGCAACCUCCGCCUACUUCCUGUACCAGCAGCAGGGUCAGCUGAACAAGCUGACAGUCACCUCCCAGAACCUGCAGCUGGAGAAUCUGCGCAUGAAGCUUCCAAAGUCUGCCAAGCCUAUGAGCCAGAUGCGGAUGGCUACUCCACUGCUGAUGCAGGCACUUCCAAUGGAAAGCAUGCUCCAGGGGCCCAUGCAGAAUGCCACCAAAUAUGGCAACAUGACCCAGGAUCAUGUGAUGCAUCUGCUUCUGAAGUCUGACCCCCUGAAGGUGUACCCACAGCUGAAGGGAAGCUUCCCAGAGAAUCUGAAGCACCUUAAAAACACCAUGGGUGGCCUGGACUGGAAGGUCUUUGAGAACUGGAUGCACCAGUGGCUCCUGUUUGAAAUGAGCAAGAAUUCCCCGGAGACACCCACUGAGGCACCACCCAAAGUACUAACCAAGUGCCAGGAAGAGGUCAGCCACAUCCCCGUCGUCCACCCGGGCAUGUUCCGUCCCAAAUGCGACGAGAAUGGUAAUUAUAUGCCACUCCAGUGCCACGGGAGCAUCGGCUACUGCUGGUGUGUGUUCCCCAAUGGCACAGAGGUCCCCCACACCAGGAGCCGCGGGCACCAUAACUGCAGUGAGUCACUGGAAAUGGAGGACCUGUCUUCUGGGCUGGGUGCAAACAAGGCUGAUCUGGGCCAAGUUCCCAUGUGAAGACUGCAGGAGCCAUCUCCCCACUCAGCCAGCUCUGCACAGCCACGGCUUUCCUGCUCCAUCGUGCCCUAGCCGUCUUUCCCUUCCCUGGUCUCCCACCCUGUCCCACCACUUCCCUCCAUCCCUGCAUCUUAAAAGGCUGGCCCCUGCUUCUUUGUUAUCAAACCACAACAGUACCUCUUAGGACACUUGAAGCACCGCUGUGUGUUCCUAAUGGAUGGCCCCGGAUGGGCUAAAACUAGGUGGACCCCAUUAUUUACAUCAUAGCAGUUUCUAACAUGAAUGGGGCUCUCAGAUCUAGGUUCAUGAUCAGGGAAAAGGGACUACCCACUCCCAAACCCAGACUAGAAACAAUUAUCCUCUUUACAAGGAGGAAUCCUGGCACACCCCUCUCCCCAACAACCCAUCCUAACCUCCUGCCACCCCCAGACUGCUUAGCCAAGCUUGCCAUUAGCCCUCAGGCCAUGGCUCAUAUGAGAAUAAAAGGUAGUAAGCAGACCA